GAUUGGUUUAAGAAGCGCAGGUUGGUGGUUCUCUCUCUUCUUGCUUGGCGAUGGCUGGGGUCGGGGUCGGGUCGGGGCUCCCGUGGCUGGUCUCUGCGCUGUUGGUUCUGAGCGGGGCGCGAGCGGAAACCUGCACAGAACCGGUCAUCUCUCCAUCUUACUACACUACCUCAGAUGCUGUUAUCUCUUCUGAGACUGUCUUUGUUGUUGAAAUCUCCCUCACCUGCAAGAACGGAGCUCAGAAUGUUGCCCUCUAUGCAGAUGUCAAUGGCAAGCAGUUCCCAGUCACGCGAGGUCAGGAUGUUGGCCGCUAUCAGGUCUCCUGGAGCAUGGAGCACAAGCUGGCCCGCUCCGGCACCUAUGAGGUGAAGUUCUUUGAUGAGGAGUCCUACAGCAUCCUGCGCAAGGCUCAACGCAACAACGAGGACAUAUCUGAGAUCAAACCCCUCUUCACAGUCAAUGUGGAUCAUCGAGGUGCCUGGAGCGGACCGUGGGUCUCCACCGAGGUGCUGGCAGCCUUCAUUGGUCUCCUUGUAUAUUACAUGGCCUUCAGUGCCAAGAGCAACAUCCAAGCAUGAGCCACUUCAGUAAACUUUCCCACCAAC